UCCUUCACCCAAUCAGCAAUACCCAUUUUUCCCAACGUAUCUUUGAAAAAUCUAACCAUUAUGUAUAUAAAUAAAUCCCACUUUCUCAGAGGCAAUUUAUCAUGCCAAAGCUGCUCGUUCUGAAUACUGAACAAUGUCUUCUUCAAUACCAUCCAAAAUGAAGGCCUGGAUUUACAAUGAGUAUGGUGGGCCGUUGAAGUUAGUGUCAGAUGUUGCCGUGCCAGAAGUGAACGAUGAUCAGGUAUUGAUCAAGGUGGUGGCAGCGGCGCUUAACCCUGUUGAUUUCAAAAGGCGGCUCGGGAAAUUUAAGGCUAUCGAUUCACCUCCUCCUACUGUUCCAGGCUAUGAUGUUGCUGGUGUGGUAGUUAAAGUUGGCAGCCAAGUAAAAAGUCUCAAAGAAGGAGAUGAAGUAUAUGGAGACAUAAACGAAAACUCACUGGAACAACCAAAACGAUUCGGCUCAUUGGCCGAGUACACGGCCGUUGAAGAAAGAUUACUGGCACUGAAGCCCAAGAAUCUUGAUUUUGUACAGGCUGCUAGUCUCCCUGUGGCAAUUGAGACUGCCUAUGGAGGUCUUGAAAAGGCAGGAUUUUCUGCCGGAAAAUCCAUACUCGUCUUAGGGGGUGCUGGUGGAGUUGGAUCCCUUGUGAUCCAGCUUGCAAAACAAGUGUUUGGUGCUUCCAAGGUAGCUGCUACUUCAAGCACAAGAAAACUGGAAUUUCUGAAAAGCUUGGGUGCAGAUUUGGCUAUUGACUACACCAAGGAGAAAUUUGAGCAUCUACCAGAAAAAUUCGAUGUUGUUUAUGAUGCUGUAGGUCAGGGAGAUAGGGCUGUGAAAGCAGUGAAGAAAGGCGGCAGUGUAGUAGUCAUAGCUGGGGCAGCAACGCCACCCAGUUUUUACUUUGGGCUAACUUCAAAUGGAGAAAUAUUGAAGAAACUAAAUCCAUUUCUUGAGAGUGGGAAGGUGAAGCCCGUGCUCGACCCAAAGGCGCCAUACCCUUUCGACAAGGUUAAUGAAGCUUUUGCUUAUCUGGAAACAGAACGAGCCACCGGAAAAGUGGUCAUAUUUCCGAUCAAUCCAUGAUCAGCAACUAAGAAUACUAGGCUUAUUCUAGCUAAAAAUCCAUAAUAGUAUGAUGUUAGAGUAGAUAUAUAUUCUGAAUAAUUAUAAAAUGUGAUUGAAAUGUUGUAGUUAUUGUUGAAGUGCAUAUUCGCUCAUGUAAAAUAGAGAAUAAUAAAUAUAUGUGCCCUUUUGUAUUUUUAUUA